UCCAACCUUCCAAGGGAGCGCUUCACUCCUUCACUGCUUCACUGCUUGACUGCUCCUCCUCAGACCGGCUGCCGGGACUCCACUCCUCCGUUGGCAGUUCGUCACGGUGCUGCAAUGGUUUGUUCGUCAACGAGGAGGAUUUCGCAACUUUACUUCUGCUAACACACAUAAAAAAACCCCGAAGCUCAGACUGUCAAAAUGGACCAGCAGAACCAAAACCUAAGCUGUCAUUAUGACAAGAUCAUGGAUUUCUUCUACAACAACAGCAACAGAAACCAAAGUAAAACUGAUGAUUCAUGGGACAAUACCCAGCUCAUUCUGGUCCAGGUGGUGGGCUGCUUGUUCUGCUGCUUCAUCUUGUUCGCCAACGCUUUGGUCAUCACCGCCGUCAUCACCAACCGGAGGUUCCAUUUCCCCUUCUACUAUCUUCUGUCCAACCUCGCUGCCUCGGACUUCCUCGCAGGCAUAGCCUACGUGUACCUCAUGUUUAACACCGGGAGUGUCUCCCGGCAGCUUACAGUGAAUGGAUACUUCUUCCGCCAAGGUCUUCUGGACAUCAGCCUCUCGGCCUCACUGUCCAACCUGCUUGUCAUCGCUCUGGAGCGAUACGUCUCCAUCAUGAGCUUUAAGGUCCACAGCAACCUGACCAAGAGGAGAGUGACUCUGCUGAUCUUUCUGGUGUGGGCUGUCUCCAUCCUCAUGGGAGCCGUGCCCAGCAUGGGCUGGAACUGUAUUUGUGAUCUUGACACGUGCUCGAAGCUGGCUCCCAUCUUCAGCACGAGCUACGUGAUCUUCUGGUCGGUCUCAAACUUGGUGAUGUUUCUAGUCAUGGUGGCCAUUUACAUUCGGAUCUACAUGUAUGUCAAGAAGAAGACAGCGGGGAUGAAGCAGCACACCAACAACUCCAUCAAUCGCAAGAAGACUCCCAUCAAGCUUAUCAAGACGGUGAUGGUUGUACUUGGGGCUUUUGUGAUCUGUUGGACCCCCGGUCUGUUGGUUCUGUUGGUGGACGGCGUGUGCGAGAGCUGUAAAGUCACCAAAUUCAAGCGCUGGCUGCUGCUUAUGGCUGUUGCUAACUCUGUCAUGAACCCGUGCAUCUACUCCUACAAGGAUCAGGAAAUGUGGAGAACUAUUAAAAACCUCCUGCGCUGCAUCGGCAAUGGUACGCGUCGACAGCGGUCCUCAAAGGCCAACGCCAGACAUUUGCACUCUGGUCAAGAUACGGGAAACAGUCCGCUACCAUCAGAUGAAAUGGAGUGACAAAGGCAAAAUACAACAUAAAGAAGGGAGAUCUUGUGGUGAAUUUGUGUGAACAUGUUGACUUGAAAGAGAGACUAAGAGAUCAGUUAAUUCUCUUCAGCAUCCUCAGUGGGCUGUUUGGCCCCACAUGGAGCUUUUUUUUUUAGGAGGCAGCUCACCAACUUCUUAGAAAGGUACAGUUGCAGCGAGACAGAGGUGAUCACGCACAAUCUCUGUGAUGGUUGGACAAGCAUUUCAAUGGGAUUUUAUGUUUUUUUUCAAUUCUUUCUUGAAGAUCAGUUUGCUGCAGAUGUUUUGUUUCUUUCUACUUUCCAUUAGACCGUUUCUUUGGAGACGACGCUGCACUGUUUUCUGACAAACGUUUGUAGAUGCUUUUAUUUUGAAAUUCGAAAAGCAGUUUUACAUUUUGCCGAUCACAAAGUUUGUGUUUGUCGUUUUGCGUUGAAAUUACCUUUAAAAAUUUGUCUUUAUCUUAAAAAAAAACAUAGGAAGUAUAAUUUAAAAAAACAAGCGUCAUUGGCUCUAAACUACAGCAAACGCCUUUUAUUUAAAGAUUGUGUCACCCUUUUUAAAAGUCAGCUUUGCCACAUUACGUUCCCUUCUUUGGUUUUCUUUUCUUUUUGUUAACCAAAGUUCAAACUCAUUUGUAACACUUGAUCAAAAGAAAUUCCUUACUACAGUUAUUGUUUUCACACCUACUUUUUUAUUUUAUUUUGAAAAACAUCCGCUGUUCAGAUAAAGCUGCAUACCUAAUAGCGAAACCACGUUGCAUCACACUGGAUUAUCUCAAUGCCGCACACUGAGCACGAGCAGUCAAGAACAGCAAUUAUCUCCAGCGCUAAAUGCUGCUCUCCGCUCUGACAUCUCUACUGAUCAAUAAUUGAUAGGAUUUAUUUGACUUUGAAUCACCUGUACUGUUGCUAAGGACUUUGAAUGUUAUCAACGUUGUUUUCUUUCUGUUUUGGGAGAACAGUGAUUAGAAGACAUUUUUGGUCCUUUGCCAUGUUUUAGUUAAACUGAGAUUGCUGGUUAUCAUUCUGACUGUUGGACUUUUGACAGAUUUUAUGUUCCUUUGAACAUUUGUAUUUUAUAACAUCAUAUAUUGUCAUGUAUUUCGGUUCAUUGUUUAUGUACUAACACAAUAAACUGCAAAUCCCUCCCAAUAAUUUAUAUAAAUAUGUUUUUAAACUUUUCCUUUUGUACGUUCUUUUUUUUUUUGUAUCACUCAGGUUCCUGACUGCACAGAGUUUCAUUUACAAAUGUGCAGCCUUUCAGUUUUAACCUCUGAGGUAACGACUUGUUGCCAGUUUGCAGUUUAUUAUUAUUUUUUGUUUUUGAGAAAAGCAGGGCAUGGGAAAUGGCAGAAAUAAAAAAAAAGGAAAGCUAACUGUGUGAGCAUGUGUUUACUAUUGUUGCUUUGCCCUAUAAAAUGGGCCAAGAGGUUUGUUUGUAUCAGAAAAUAAUUGAAGAAAACCACUAGAAAUGUAACAUGACUUAUUGGAAAUGCUUAGUUGGGUUUCUUUUCUUUCUUUCUUCUAAAGUAGUUACCUGACAGCCAUGAUUUAUUCUUUUAAAAUGAAGUAAAACAAAGAAAGAAAAAAAUCGGAUCUUGUUCUGUGUAGGUGGCAACCUUGAAUUAAACGUAAAAAUUGGACUCCAGAGUAAUCUGAGGGCUUUUUUUCUGCAGGCGAAACUUUAUACUUCAUUACUAACUAGUACCUAAUGCAACAGUAAACAAAACUAUGUUUAUUGAUUAUUGAUGCAUUUAGUAGCACCAUGAAUAAAAGAGGGAAUGCAAGAAAAGCACUAUAUCUUUAUGUUUUAUAGUGUAAAACAUUAAACAGAAUGCAAAACGGGGAAUUUUAUAUAUUUUGUGAGCAAAUGUUUAUUGGUGACACCCCUUGUUUAAGGUUAUUGGGAGCCAAAAAAUGUAAUCAUUACCAUUCUUAAGACAGCAUUUGGAAUAGAAUCUAAUAAUGGUUUUACUUUCAGGUAAAUAAAAAGCAACCAGUUAAUCUGA